UCGCGCAGCGAAAGUUGUACAAAUCCGGAUAGACAGUACUAAUAGUCGAGGAUGCUUUCGUAACCAGCGAGUAAGUGCGUUUGGUUGUACCUUCGAUUAGCUUGGUCGUAUACGAAGAGAGCCACGUGAGUUUCCUUGGCUGUCUUGGAAGGUUUACGAAUCAGCUGAGUUGCUGAACAGCGAAGUGGUCGGUUCGGCGCAACCUUGGACUAAGGAAGACUACCUGCUGUGUUUGGUUACGGUUGCCGUGAAAAGAAAUUAAAGACUGCCCCCCUUACACUCUUUUAGUUAGAUUAUGCUACCCGCAUCAGCUGCUCAACAAGCCACAUAAUGAGAUUACCAUCAACGAGUAGUGCGGUAGGCCUCUGGCUACGCAUUCUAGCCGCUUCAUGUCUGCUGCUGAGUCCGCACCCCGUCCGGACGGAACCGAUCACGGCGGCCUCCGUCAUCUCGGUGCUGCACCUCGGCAAGGAGGUCGUGUCCAGCAUCCUCGAGACGUGGGACCUCGUCGAGGAGGUCGGCGAUGUGCACCUCCCGUUCAAGCGCAACAAGGACGAGAAGAUCCUGCAGAAGAUGCAGGAGCUGAGCCAGCAGAUCGCCGCCAGUGAACACCAGAUCCUCAACACGGUCGAACUGUCCGUCGGGAACCUGCUCAAGCAGCUGGCCAUCGACGGCAAGCUGGAGCACAACCUGCAGGAACUUGCGGACCUGAUGAACCGCAUCAGCAACCGGGAACACCUGAUGCAGUCGUACGUCAACUCGGACGAGCGGCUCGAGCAGCUCACGCUGGAGUCGUUCGCCAGCAGUACGGUGGCGCAGGACGUCAACAGUGUGCCGGAGCUGCUGGCGCGGAUCGAGCUGCUGGUGGCGGGCUCGCGGGAUUUGCCCUUUCGGAAGCCCGGCUCGUUGGAGCUGAUGCUGCACGCGACGGAGGAAGCAAAGUCCACGAUAUGCAGCUUUGGACUGUCGGCGCAGCAGGUGCUGUACCAGCUGUACAACGCCAUCUCGAUCACCGAACUCAAGGGAUACUCGAUGAUGCAGUUCUCCUGGAUGUUGCUGAAGGCGUACGGUAAAGGCAACUUCACCGCCGAGGCCAAGCUGAUGCGGCGGCGGUUCGAGGACCGCACCAACCGGACCCAGCUGCUGCUGCAGCAGGUCAUGAAGCAGGCCAGCCGCGACUACUGGCGCUGCGACCCGGAGCGCAGCCAGCAGAAGGAGGGCGAAACGUUCGUGCAGAUCACCCGGCUGCUGCAGGGCUACGUCGAGAACGAGGUGGACAUGAACACGGACAACACGUGCAAGGAGAACUGCGCGUACUACAGCUGGGGCGCCCGCCAGGAGCAGUGCUUCAAGGACCUGUACUGCUCGAAGCAGCCCAAGUGCUCGGGGAAGAUCUACGACUGCGAGUACCUCGACUCGGACAUGUGGAUCUGCCCGGCGGCGACGAGCAGCAACCGGCGGUACGAGUACAUCGAGUACGAGAACGGCAUGGUGCUGGGGCAGAAGAAGCACUGCGCGCGGGGCUCGACCAAGGUGGACUCGUGGUGGCGCUGGCUGUUCUGGCACUGCAGCUACUGCUUCUGUCUGUGCGACGACGCCGGCAAGAACUCCGACCGGUACAUCAACAUGCGCGAGUCCGUCUCGGACGUUAUGGAUAACAAGGUCGUCACCGGCAUGCGCUUCAUCAAGAAGAACCGAAUCAUCCACCUGAUCGUUCAGCAAGGUCGUCUGCUGCCACGAGGACAGAUCGACAACGCCACGCUGGAGUGGGUUCAACCCGAGGACUACAACGUGCUGUCGCCGAACGUUCGCAACGGACGGGAUUACCACACGCUGAACCGCGACAACCGCAUCCUGGAUCUGGACGACCUGGACGUGCUUCAAGGGUACGUCCUGACCGGCGUUCGCUUCCGCCUGUUGGGUAGCCAUCUCAACCUGGAGAUCCGGAUGACCGAGAUGGACUUUGCCACGGGCCACUUGAUGGACCCGGACAAGAGCAUCUGGAUCGGUAGCGACAAGACCGAACAUAGCGACGACAAGAGAACCGAACUCAAGCUGGACCGACCGCACGUCCCACUGCUCACCCCCUCCAAGUCCAUCCCGGACUCCAUCAGCAACCAGUUCAUCCGGUUCCGCGAGAGUGAUCGCGGCAUGGACGCCGCCCAAACGACGGUCCCCUUCUUCGACGCCCAACCCGUAGUUCCCGCUAAACCCGUGCCCCUGUCCGGAGCUGGCCUCUUCCACAAGGGUCGGCCCAAGUUCGGUGGCUUCGUCGCGCCCAAGGUCAUGACGUACGACUUUGGCCCCCACGUACAGGCUCCGAUCGAGCAAGCGGAAGACGGCGGCCGGCGACUGCCGGCGAUCAACUAAACAUUUCCUCUGAGGAACCUUCGGUUCCACGUAAUUGUAAUGUAUUACUACCAUAAUUUUAAAAUAAAAAACCCAAAUUUCCCCAAGAACCAAA